AUGCCUUUUUCUGAAAUUGACAGACUAGCGAUCAACACGAUUCGCACCUUGGCUGUCGAUGCCACUUUCAAUGCCAAUUCAGGCCACCCCGGUGCGCCCAUGGGCAUGGCACCGGCCGCACAUGUCCUGUUUAACAGGUUCAUGACCUUCAACCCCAAAAACCCCAACUGGGUAAAUCGCGACCGCUUUGUCUUGUCAAACGGUCACGGAUGCAUGCUUCAGUAUGCCCUUCUGCAUUUGUUUGGUUACGAGUUGAGCAUGGCGGAUCUCAAAAAGUUCCGGCAACUCCACAGCAAAACGCCGGGUCACCCUGAGUCUCAUGAAACCCCGGGUAUCGAAGUCACGACCGGUCCUCUGGGUCAAGGCUUUGCCAAUGCCGUGGGCCUGGCGAUUGCCCAAGCACACCUUGCCAGUGUGUUCAACAAGCCAGAAUACGAGAUGAUCAAUAACCGCACCUUUUGUUUCUUCGGCGAUGGCUGUGCCAUGGAGGGAAUUGCCAGCGAAGCGGCGUCGCUGGCGGGCCAUUUGAAAUUGGGCAACUUGGUGUGCAUAUAUGAUGACAACAAGAUCUCUAUCGAUGGAGAUAUUAAAUGCACGUUCACUGAAGAUGUCCAAAAGCGGUUCGAAGCUUAUGGCUGGCACGUCGAAGUUGUAGCGGAUGGCGAUGGUGAUUUGGAUGCUAUUGAGAAGGCGAUUCAAACCUGCCUUGACGUCACCGAUAAACCAUCGAUGAUCAAGCUAGCGACUACGAUCGGCUUUGGCUCGAAGCUUCAAGGAACAAGUGGUGUUCAUGGCAAUCCUCUCAAGAAAGAUGACGUGGAAAACGUCAAGAAACAAUUUGGCUUCGAUCCUGCUCAGUCUUUUGUGGUGCCCCAAACGGUGUAUGACCUCUAUAGCCAGCAUGCAAAUGAAGGCUCGGCAAAGGAGAGGGACUGGAACGAACAACUUGAAAGAUAUGCCCAGAAGUACCCGGUGGAGCACGCUGAGUUGAUCCGUCGAGUCGAGGGCAAACUUCCGGAUAACUUGGAAAACGAGCUACCAGUCUAUACUUCUUCAAACGCGGCUGUUGCCUCACGGAAGCUGUCCGAAACUGUUCUGGAGGCGAUUAACAAAAGCCUGCCGGAGUUGCUGUCUGGGUCCGCAGACCUCACCAGUUCUAACAAUACUCGCUGGAAGGAUGCUGUCGACUUCCAGCCUCCAGCAAGUAAAAUUGGUACCUGGUCUGGCCGUUAUCUCCGGUACGGAGUUCGUGAACACGCAAUGGCAGCAAUUAUGAAUGGUCUCGCAGCUUAUGGUAUGAUAAUCCCCUUGAGCGGAGGGUUCCUUAACUUUGCCUCUUACGCGGCUGGGGCUAUCCGUCUUGCUGCGUUGAGCAAACUUCGUGUCAUUCACAUUGCCACGCACGAUUCUAUCGCCCUUGGCCAAGAUGGCCCCACGCACCAGCCGAUCGAAGUGCUCGCUCAUUUCCGUGCACUUCCGAACUGCAUGGUUUGGAGACCAGCUGAUGGGAAUGAGACUAGUGCUGCGUAUCUUGCCGCGCUACAAGCAAGGGAAACCCCAAGCAUUCUCGCUCUCACGCGCCAGAAUCUGCCUCAACUUCCGAGCUCUUCGAUCCAGAAAGCUCUCAAGGGCGGAUAUGUUGUUUUGGAUACAACUGAUGCCGCUAUUACCCUGGUUUCCACAGGCUCUGAGGUUGAAGUCUGCUUGAAAGCCGCUGUAAAUUUACAAAAGCAAAAUGUUUCUGCUCGGGUUGUCUCUAUGCCUUGCUUCGAAGUCUUUGAUCAGCAAAAGGAGUCAUACCGCCUGCAAGUGCUCCCUGACGAUAUUCCCGUCUUGUCGGUCGAGGCCGCCUCAACUAUGGGCUGGGAUCGUUAUUCUCAUCAACAAUUUGGCAUCAACCGGUUUGGAGCUUCUGGACCUCCAGACGAGCUUUUUAAGAUGUUUGAAUUGACACCCGAUGGAAUAGUCAAGCGUGCGCAAGCAACCAUCUCUUUCUACAAUGGAGUCACUUCUGGGAGGAGGCUUACUGUCUUGUCCCCUAUCCGCCGUGCUUUUCCGCAGAUUGUGUGA